AAACAUGACGAAGUCAGCUCGUGGAUACCAGCUCAUCGCGUUGCUUUUGGCGAUCGUGAUACCGAGAGAGAUUCGAGCACGUGAGGCCAUCACUCCCGGCCCUGAUGUGGGUCAGAUAAUCAAAGAUCUCGAUGGAUUGCAUAUUGAUGGGACGGGAUUUGAGCCAGGUGCUCCCUGCAGGGUGGACGUGCAAAAGGAGCUGCCUCGACCCGACCAGGUUCAGCCCCUUUACCUCCGCCCCGGCACGGAUCUCUACUGGUUGCCCAACGUCGACGGGCAGCUGGAGAUACCCCGUGGCGCCAGCAUCGAGCUGCACUGCAGCCAUUCCUUUGCAUCCAUGGACACCGACCAGCGCUCGAUACGGGUGCAGUGUUUGGAGAACACCACCUUCGCGUGGAAAGGGUCUAAAAUGAAAUUCCGCGAUUUCACCUGCAGGCAGGCCAUUCCCUACACUGUGGAGCGCCUCGACAGGCGUUGCGGGGAUGAGUCGCUGCAGCACCCCGCAGCGUUCUGGUAUCGCGUAGGCUACGACAUCGGAGACGGCAGAUUUGUGGCAACCAUGGAACUGUGCCACGACCCGUAUCUCCUGCGCACACACUACGCCCGCCACCAGUUGACACCCGCCAGCGUGCACUUCCAGAGGAACGUGAAGCGCACGAAAUUCAGUCCCGCCGGCCACUUCACCGGCGUGGACAUAGCCAGGAUUUACUCGCACCGAAACCAGGAGAAGGUGAUGGAUGCCGGCCUCAUCGACGUUAAGGCCGGGCUUUUCCUGGCCCGCGGGCACCUGGCGGCCAAGGCGGACCUGAUCUAUGCCAGCCAGCAAAGGAGCAGCUUCAACUAUGUCAAUGUUGCGCCCCAGUGGCAGACUUUCAACGGUGGACGCUGGGCCAAUCUGGAGGAGGCCACGCGGCGCUAUGUGGCCAGCUCUGGUAUCUCGGCCACCGUGUACACGGGCACCUAUGGCCAGAUGAAGGUGGCCGGCAGCCGGGUUCUCCACCUGGCCACCGAUGCCAACAACAACGGAGUACUGGCCGUGCCCCAGCUCUUUUAUCGCGUCCUCAUCGACGAGGGGCAACCGACGCGCGGCAUCGCCCUGCUGGGCGUCAACAAUCCGUAUGCCACUCUAGCCCAGAUUCACGAGUCCUAUGUCAUCUGUGAUCCCGUCGAGGAGCAGGUGGCGUGGCUGGACUGGUUGCACAAAGGCAACGCCAAGGGUAAGCUGAAGCAGGGCUAUCUCUAUGCCUGCUCCGUGUCGGACCUGGCCCGUGUCGUCCCCCAGCUGCCACGCCCCCUGCUCGAGGUGGACGAGCUGCUGGCAUAGAUGCGGGCUCCGGUUUCGUUUCCGCUUCCGCUUACCUUUUGUGUUUAAGCGAAUGCAAUAAAGACUGAGUGCAGGUGGGUCGUUAAUAUAUAUGAAUACCUUAUAUUGAUUCAGGAAAAAUUUCGUAUUUAUAUCCAAAUAUAGGGGGAGA